AUGGAGACGUUUGGGCUGCCCUGUGACCACAUAAUUGGUCUAUUGGUACAUCUAGACAUUGAUGUCAUACCAGAGUGUUUAGUACUGCAAAGAUGGUGUAAGGCAGCUAAGGACUGUAUGAAAGGGAACUCUGACUCGACUUACAAGUUUUGGGAGUCCACAGUUUUGGCCAGGCUAGGAUCAUUGGUUUUGAGAAGUAGAGAAAUGUUUAACCUUGGCUGCGAAUCGAUGGAUGACUACCUUGAUACUAUUGAGGUGAUGGAGAACCAUGUCACCAAACUGAAGGCAAAGAAGCUUGCUGUAAGCGGAAGUUCUGCUGUUAAUGAAGAGACGCCAAUUGAAGUGUUUGAUAAUGUGAAAAAUCCUGAGGUAGUUAGGACCAAAGGUUGUGGUGGCACCUCAACCGGAAACGGAAACAAGAGCAAACGAAGGUGCACUGUAUGUAAGAAGGAAGGCCACAACAAAACAACAUGCAAACGUCAAAAAACUUCUACAGGAUUUUCUGAUGUUGUUGGACUUGACGGUGCAGGCGUAGGUUUGUUCUUCGAUGUCGUCACAUAUUGCAAGAGAUGA